GAGUUGAAGUGUUUAAAUCUGCUGAGACGCACUGGACAUUGGCGAUUUAGCAUAAUAGAGCCAUGAAUGCGCCAAGAGGAAACCAGUUUCCACGGCCUUUCACACCACAAAGUGAGAGAUUUAACACGCCAAUUUCUUCCCAGUGACACUCUUAAGUCUGCCCUGCGAUCAGUGAGAGCUGGACAGUCACUCAUGCGACACAGUGCCUCAGAAAUGGCGAAAAUCCUCCUGAUUUUUCUCAUCGUCUCUCUAGCGUCUGGCCAGACGCCCAGCGAGAAACCGCCCACGCUUCCAGUCACUUACGGUAGUCCCUUCGACGAGAUCAUCGUGGAGUCCUCCCUGAACAUCCGCAGGAAGCCCACUCCGGUGCGCCAAACGCGAUCACUGGCGGAGAUGCUGAGCGGCGAGACGUCAAAGAAACUGCGCCGAGAUGAUGGAAACAACUUUCCCAGCUUUGAAAAUUUUGGUUCCAACUUUGGGAAUUUCGGAUCAUCGAGUGCUCUCGCAAAUGCACAUGCUCAAAAUCAGUUUUUCGAUAAAGACGGUUUCGGCGGAUCAGCUGCAAAUGCCGGAGCCCAGGCUUUUGAAUCGCACGGUCCUCUGGGCAGUUUCGGAGCGUCGGCAUCCAAUGCUCAAUCGCAAGGUUUCAACGUAGGUCCCAAUGGAUUAACUGGCUCGGCUGGAUUGUCCGGAGGACAGACAUACAAUCUUCCCAAUGGUCAGACCUUCAGCUUUACAUAUGGCAAUACAGUCUCCUUCGGUCCAGAUGGAAAACCCACAGUUUCCCGCUCAAAUUCUGUUGCCUUCUCAUAGAGAGAUUAAAGUCCCGGUCAGUUCAUUGGCCAUUUUCGCGUUUUAUUGCCCACAGGAGGAACUCUAAAGAUUAUGUCACCGAGACGUGUUC